AUGCAAACAGCAGUGACUGCUGCCACUCUGAUUACAAAAGCUGACAAGUUCACCUUUGGACAGGAAACCACGUGCAUCACUCCUCACGCUGGGCCAGCAUUGUUGGACAUGAAAGGAACUUAUUUUUCUAUCUCCCUUUGCCAAGCACUGCUCCUGCACCCGCAGUUGCAGCUUCAAGUUACUGAGGUUCUUAACCCGGUUACGCCACCACCUAUGGGAGAGAAUGGGCCUCCAACACCUGACUGCAUAUAUUCCAGCAGGCCUGAUUUGAAGGAUGAAGCAAACCCCAGGCAGUAUGAGAUUGGACUGCUACAAUUGAUCUACACCAAGCCCUUCGACUCACCAUCUCUCGGUGCCCUACAGACGCCGCCUCACGCUUCUCCUCACCGCAUCGGCUCAGCGCCCACCAGACGACUGCCCUGCUGGUGCCACCCCUGGAAGCUGGCAUCUCUACGCACGGCACAAGAAAAAUCCAGCGUGGACUAA